AUGGCCACGGCUGACACCACCUUGCCUUCCAUCAGUGCGCUGACUGCCCUAGGCCCCUUUCCAGACACACAGGAAGACUUCAAGUGGUGGCGCUUUGAGGACGUGCAGGACUUGGGUCCGGGUCCCCCGGAACAGGCUCGGCCGCUCCAUGUGAGGCCCAAGUUGGAGUACGCGCCCGUGGAGAAAGAAGACGACGACGACAGGGAUCCGGCCACGGCCUGGGACCUGGAUCUCUUCUUCACCAACCUGUCGGGCGCGGAGCCCGGAGGCGCGCCUCAGCCCUGCGCCCUGGCGCCGGGGGAAGGCCCCGGAGCCCCGUUCCCGCCGCAGCCCGAGACCCCAGAGGCGUACGCGGGCGGCCUGGGGCUGGUGGCGGGGCUCCUGGGGCCCGAGGAGCCCCCGGGCUGGGCGCGCCCGGCCCCGCAGGCUCCAGCCCCCGACGCCUUCGUGAGCCUCGCGCUGGUCCCGGCUCCCGAGCCCAAGGCGCUGCCGCUGCAGCCGGUGUACCCGGGCCCGGCGGCGGGCUCCCCCGGCAGCUAUUUCCCGCGGACCGGGGUGUCGGUGCCCGCGGCGCCCGGCGCCCCCUACGGGCUGCUGUCGGGGUACCCGGCCUUGUACCCGGCGCCGCAGUACCAGGGGCACUUCCAGCUCUUCCGCGGGCUCCCGGCGCCCGCCCCCGGCUCCGCCGCGCCCCCCUCCUUCCUGAAUGGCCUGGGACCCGGGACCGCGGGGGCGGGGCCCGGGGGCGCCGCCGGGGACCCGAGGGGGCCCGCGGGCGCCGUGCCCAUCAAGCGCAGCCGGCGCUCCUGGGCGCGCAAGCGGCAGGCGGCGCACACGUGCUCGUACCCGGGCUGCGGCAAGAGCUACACCAAGAGCUCGCACCUCAAGGCGCACCUCCGGACCCACACCGGGGAGAAGCCAUAUGCCUGCACGUGGGACGGCUGCGGCUGGCGGUUCGCGCGCUCCGACGAGCUGACCCGCCACUACAGGAAGCACACGGGACAGCGCCCCUUCCGCUGCCAGCUCUGCCCCCGGGCUUUUUCUCGCUCGGAUCACCUGGCCUUGCACAUGAAGCGUCACCUCUGA